UUCCUCCUCCUGUCUUCUUCAGCACACUCUGUCUGCAGUUGAGCAUGGAGGGGUCUUCCUCUAGUGGUCAGGAGAAGGCUGGCCUGGGGAGGCCCAUGGUACAUUUUGAACCGGGGCCCCUUUUCCCCAGUAGAACUGUGAACUGUCUGAUGUCCCUGGGAGCUUCAGGUCUCCUGCUCUGGAAUCUUCUGAGUCGUUGAAACGUUGGCACUCGUCUGUGCCAGUUGCUUGAGAUGUUGAAAUAGAGAGGGGGAUUUGGCAAAGGAAAAGAGUUGGUCAUUAGAGCCCAAUGACCACCGAGUUGGUGUGGUCACUGAUCUCAGCAGUCUCAGCCAGCAAAUGGGUUGCUCGGAAGAACAGGCCAGGCCCUGACUCGGAAGGAAAGCGUGGGAAGAAAAGGAAGAAAUAUGGAUGGAAAGUGACUGAAGUGCACGGUACCCUGAUCAAGAUGAAGAGGAUAAGAAUGGCUGGCUGCAGCUCCGGAGACCAUGCAGUCUUCAACGAACUUCAGACGGAUCCAGUCAUUGAAGGCUCCCUCGACACUAAUGUGGGGUACCAUUCCAGUGAUGAGACUCUCUUGACUAUGAUGGUUGAAUGUUUUGGCCACCUGGAAUUCCUUCGAGAGUGUAACAACAUGGUCCAUUUUCUCCUGGCACUGUAUAUUGCCUCUCAAAUGGACACACUGGACAUGUCAUACGAUUGGCUCAUCCUUUCUGCCCUUUUGGAAAGUAAUUGGUACGCAGACAGCUUCAGGAAAUUGUGGCCAUUACAGAUUGGAUUUCUUAAUGCCAUUGAUAGGAGAGCUCAGGUGAGCCGGGAGAGCUCAGGUGAGCCAGGAAAUCCACGAAGAGGUCAGUGAUGAGGGAAAUAUGCCAUUCCAUCUGUGAAGGCUUGAAUAAAGAGAUGACAACAUGCCUCCAGGAGUUCAUUGUCCAGAAAGUCUGUACUCAUACAAGACCGAUGGACUAAAAGGAAUUUUCAUAGAUCCAUGUUGGUGUUGUCUAAAGGCUAGGGCAUGUUGUUAGCCCAUAAAAAUG